GCAGAUUUUCUGAGAGUUCGGGAAUGGCGGUGAAGAUGGCGGCUGGAGAGCUGAGCUCUUUGGAGGACUGUCUGGAGGAGCACCUUCCUCCCGAGGUGCUGCAGCGUGUCUGGCGGAUGCUUUAUGGCAGAGACACCAGAAAGCUGGAUUUGCCAAAGUCAGCUUUGGAAGCCUCUAUGGAGAAGGACUUUCAGCUGAAGGCUUUUGGAUUUGAGGCCUCCACAGAGCAGCUCCGUCAGCCUCGAGUUGUGAGAGUGGGACUUAUUCAGAACAAGAUUCGCCUUCCUACUGAUUUCCCUGUGUCUGAGCAGGUUGCAGCAAUUCAGAAACGAAUCACAGAUAUUGUGGAAGUGGCUGCCAUGUGUGGAGUGAAUAUUGUCUGCCUCCAGGAAGCCUGGACCAUGCCAUUUGCUUUCUGUACCAGAGAAAAAUUGCCGUGGACAGAAUUUGCUGAAUCUGCGGAAGAUGGUCCAACAACACGGUUUUGCCAAGAGCUUGCAAGAAAAUAUAACCUGGUCGUGGUGUCACCAAUCUUGGAGCGGGAUGAGUUUCAUGGGGACACACUGUGGAACACUGCGGUAGUGAUUUCUAACUCUGGCAAAGUCCUCGGCAAGACCAGGAAGAAUCACAUUCCCAGGGUCGGAGAUUUUAAUGAGUCUACAUACUACAUGGAGGGAAACACGGGACACAAAGUGUUUCAGACUCAGUUUGGACGGAUUGCUGUUAAUAUCUGCUUUGGUCGACAUCACCCUUUGAACUGGUUAAUGUAUAGCAUCAAUGGAGCUGAAAUUAUCUUCAACCCCUGUGCUACUGUUGGGGAGCUGAGUGAACCCAUGUGGCCUAUUGAAGCUAGGAAUGCAGCCAUUGCCAACCACUGUUUCACCUGUGCCAUCAACCGAGUUGGGAUGGAAUGUUUCAAGAAUGAAUUUACAUCAGGUGAUGGGCAGAAAGCCCAUCAUGAGUUUGGCCAUUUCUAUGGAUCCAGUUACAUAGCUGCUCCUGAUGGAAGCCGCACUCCUGGACUGUCCCGUACAGAGGAUGGCCUGCUUGUGGCUGAGCUCGAUCUCAACCUGUGUCGCCAGAUGAGUGAUAAAUGGGCCUUCAGGAUGACAGGAAGGUACGAGUUGUAUGCUGAGGAACUUGCUCAGGCAGUGCAGCCCAACUUUGAUCCCUACAUAGUCACAGAGUGGUGAUGUUACUGGGCACAGACAGCAUGGAGACAAUAUCAGAGAAUCGCAAUAUUUGAUCAGAUGAUGUAUUGAUGCAAUCAGACAUUUUAUCUUUAUUUCUUACAGGUGGUUCUUCUAUAAUGUGAUGUUGCGUUCUUGUGUGAUCUCGUGCUAUAGGGAAAUCGCUACACCUGUACAGCAGAAAGUUUGCGUUAUCCAAACAGCAUCCGCUAUUCAUCAAUUGAGUUACAGCCAAUUUGCAUUAACGAAAUAAGUGUCAUAGGAGAACUAUCUGUACUUCCUUUUAUCCAAAGCAUUGUCAUUGUGAUUUUACACCAGAUAUUUCCUUGGGCUCCAAGUCACCAUCAUCCCAGUGCACGGAACUUACUUCUAAUCCUGAAGAAGUCAUACUGGACUCGGAACGUUAACUCAUUUUCUGUCUCCACAGUUACUGGCAGACCUGGUGAGUUUCUCCAGAACACGUAUAAUGUGCUUUCUGGUUGGUGCCAGUACAUACUGUUCUAAGAAACUAUCCUGAAAAUACUUUAUGAACACGUCAUCUAGUUUAUCUUUGCCCAUCUGACUUCUCCAGUCUAUAUGUAAAUUAAAGUUUCCCAUGAUUAUUGCUGUGCGUUUCUGACAAGCUCUCAUUAUUUCUUCCUUUAUACUCCACCCUGGUACGGGGCCUGUACACCAUUCUUACCCAAACCAUUUCUACAUCCAGGUAUCCUAAACAUAGGUCAUCCCUUUAUUAUGCAAUUACCAUGAUUAACCAACAGAGCCACCCCCUCCACCUUUUCCUAGCUUCCUGUCAUCCAUGCAGCCAUGGUUACUACAUCAUAAUUUUUCGAUUUGUGCUUGUUUCAUCUAUUUUGUUUUAGCUGUCUUUAUUUUGUAUCGUCUAUUCUGAUCUGUUGGUUCACUUAGAUUUGGACUCUCUAGCCCUUCCUGCUAUGGUCCAUUUAUCAUUUCCCGUAUUAAAUUUCUUUCUCUUUGACUCUAAUUUUGGAUUUACCACAUCUUCCCAAAUUUGACCCCUUACCCCCACAAUUUAGUUUUAAAUCCUGUCCACUGGGGUUAUACAGUCAGUAAGAACAUCAGUCCCAGUGUGGUUCAGAUAGAGACCAUUGUACUCCUCAGAAUUGGUACCAGCACUCUACAAACUGGAACUCACAUCUCCCACACCAGUCUUUAAAUCAUGCCUUCAGCUCUCUAAUCUGAUUUGUCCUAUGCAAAUUUGCACGACUCAUAAUAAUUAGAUUAUUAUCUUUAGAUUCUGUUUCUUAAUUUAAUGAAUAGCACCUAAUACUGACCAGGCAGAACCAUCUCCUUUGUCAUUGGCACAUACAUGGACCAUGAUAACUGGAUUCUCCUCCUCUCAUUCCUCUCCCUGAGCAGAGCACAGGAAACUGAUACGUGAUGCCCCAUACUAUUCCUUUACUGGAAACCUUGAGGAGUCAAAGAGCUGCAAUCAAUAACAAACCUAAGGAUCUCAGAGCUGCCAAUCAAACCCACAGUCCAACGUGUUCUGGUGGCACAUUAGCAGAUCUGCAGUUUUAUUGAAACAACAGACAUCUCCUCAUUGACCAAAAUGUUAAAUACUUUAAGAACUCCUCGGUUUUAACUACUUAACAUGCUGAUUCUGAGAAUACAGAAUGCAAAUGAAAAAACUAACGCAGCCUCUCAGCAUAUUUUUCUCAGAAAUCCAAUCAAAGUCUUUUGAGGUGUCGAUCAGCUGGUUGAGUCUUGUUGAAAAGAGGGACAUUAAUCGAAGAGGACAUCAGAGGUUACAAUUUAUGUGGGAGUGCAAUUUAUUUAGAUUUUUAUUAGUCUGGUCUCAGACUGAAGUAGAUCAACUUGAACUCAAUUUCAAAUUUGCCUGUGACAAUCACUUCUGCUAAUGAUCCAUUUAUAUCAAAUCAUGAAUUAACCCUGUCUCAUUAUACAACAUUUCAAAUAGCCUUUGCCGUAAUUGGUUCUACAAUGCAUUGUUCUAGGAAACUAUCUUGAACGUAUUUCAUUGACUUCCAAACUAUUGCUAAUUUGAUUUGACUAGGCUGUAUGAAGAUUAAAGUCUCCCACAAUUAUUGUA